AUGGUAACCAAUGGAGCAAGUAGGAUUAAUUUUAUUACAGUUAUCUUGACAGGAUCCUCAACACAUUCUUGGCAGCCUAUCAUGACUGCCAUAACCAACACGUUGAGUUACUGGUUGAAUUGGAGGUUCCUAGUUUGUUCAUUAUUCCUCUUAGCCUAUUUGGCUCUAGCAACAACUUUAAUUUGCAAAUUCGAAGGUCGAAGAAGAUCGAGAAAUCAGGAUAGAGAAAAUCAGGAGGUAGCUCCAGGGGUGAUAUAUGAGGAGGAAGCUUGGAGUACAUGUUUCAAAUGCAUUCACCCUGCUUGGCUGCUUGCUUUUAGAAUGUUUGCUUUCAUCACACUUCUAACAUUGCUUGUCAUUAAUGUCAUUGUCGAUGGAAUUGGCAUAUUUAUCUUUUAUACUCAGUGGACAUUUACUUUGGUCACAAUAUACUUUCUGUUUGGAUCUGCAAUCUCCAUAUACGGAUGUAAAAAAAUCUGGGCACAAGCUCGUGGUGAUAGCCCUGAUCAUGUAAGUUCAGAUAUCGAGCAAGGCACUGAAAUAACUCCCCCUCCUGGAGAAACUACAGUUGAGUCCAACGAGUCCCAACAUUUUGAUGACCGCAAAAUAGCUGGUCCAUGGAUUUAUACCUUUCAAAUUAUCUAUCAGGCUUCUGCGGUUGCAGCGGUGCUCACUGAUUUAGUAUUUUGGAUCAUUCUUUUUCCAUUUAUAACUUCCAGAUACGGUCUUGAAUUGAUGCUUGUUAUAUGUAUGCACUCGGUCAAUGUCGUUUUCCUACUUGGUGACACAAUUUUGAAUUGCUUGCGGUUACCAUUUUUUCGAAUCGCAUAUUUUUUCUUAUGGACCUGCAUUUAUGUUUUAUUCCAAUGGGUCCUCCACGCUUAUUCUAACAUUCCGUGGCCAUAUCCAUUCCUUGACUUGACACCGGCUUAUGCUCCAUUAUGGUACUUAGGAGUCGGAAUGAUGCACUUACCAGCCUAUGGCAUCUAUGCUUUAGCAGUAAGACUCAAGGAAGUUAUUUACUCAAGGUUGUUCCCUGAGUCGUAUAGGAAAUUUACGUAA